AUGUCCCCUCGACCAUCGGGCGAUCUUGAGAUCGCAAACGUCGACAAGUCCUUCGCAGAAAAUGUCGAAACAGCUGCCAAUGCCAACAAGCCUAAUCCCCGGAAAGAGGCCCCGGCGUAUGUCGCUGGUUUAUCACCAGAGGACCGCGAAAAAGCAGAGCGAGCUCUCGUUCGUAAGAUUGAUCUUCGCCUGCUCCCCAUGCUGAUUAUUAUGUACAUUCUGAACUACCUGGAUCGGAAUAACAUUGCCGCUGCUCGUUUGGCAGGACUCGAGUCAGACCUCGGACUUCAUGGGAAUCAAUACGCUACUUGCGUUAGUAUCCUUUUUGUCGGUUACCUUUUGAUGCAGGUCCCUUCCAACCUGCUUCUCAACAAGAUCGGAAAGCCCGCCAUCUACCUUCCUAUGGCUAUGGUAGCAUGGGGUAUUAUCUCGACGCUCACCGCUGCCGUUCAAAGCUACGCUGGUCUAGUAGUCGUCCGAUUCUUCCUUGGUUUCGUCGAGGCUGCUUACUUUCCCGGUUGUCUCUACUUUCUCAGUGCUUGGUACACCCGAAAAGAGUUGGGCUUCCGCACUGCAGCGCUGUACUCUGGCUCUCUUCUCUCGGGGGCUUUCUCAGGGCUGAUCGCUGCUGGUAUCACCAGUAACAUGGAUAAUGUCAAGGGACUCCGUGCAUGGCGUUGGUUGUUCAUUAUCGAGGGUGCUAUCACCAUUGUCGUCGCCUUCAUUUCGAUUUUUAUCUUGCCCAACUUCCCUCGUACCACCUCUUGGCUCACAGAAGAUGAGAAAGACCUCGCGGCAUGGCGUCUGGAGGAAGAUAUUGGCGAGGAUGACUGGGUGAAUAGCGAGGACCAAUCUUUCCUACAUGGCGCCAAGCUCGCAUUUACCGAUUCAAAAACUUGGGUUCUGAUGCUGAUGAUCCUCUGCAUCGUCUCCUCUGCCUCCGUCACCAAUUUCUUCCCCACUGUCGUUCAAACCUUGAACUACGGGAAUAUCGAAACCCUUCUCCUGACCGCACCUCCCUAUUGUCUCGCUGUGAUUACCGCAUUUCUCAACGCCUGGCACUCGGAUCGUACUGGAGAACGAUACUUCCAUGUUACUCUGCCUCUAUACGUUUCCGUCGCUGCGUUUAUCAUCGCUGCCGCAACCACUGGUACUGCGCCUCGGUACGUGUCGAUGAUGCUCAUGGUGCCAUCUUUCUAUUCUGGAUACGUUGUUGCAUUGGGCUGGAUUUCGAACACUCUUCCACGUCCUGCGUCUAAACGUGCUGCUGCACUCGCCGCAAUCAACUGUGUCAGCAAUGCUAGCAGUAUCUAUGCUAGUUACAUGUACCCCGAUAGCGACAAGCCACGAUUUAUCACCGCCAUGUCCGUCAACUGUGCGACUGCCUUUGUUGCCAUCAUUUCGGCGACCGUCCUCCGUUUCAUGCUUGUUCGUCUUAACAAGAAGUUGGACCGCGGCGAGCAGGUCGAGGGUGCUGUUCCAGGAACGGCCAGCACUCGCGGUUUCCGUUUCCUCGUUUAA